AGGGGAUCAUAUCCUAUAAAGUUGUUGAUGGCGUUAUUGAAUUUUUCUCCGUAGGACCCUCAUGGUGCACCCUCGUGCACGCAUGUUUCAAAUAAAUCCAGAAACAAACUACACUCUUCAUUUGCUGACUUCACCACUCCCACUUUUCCUCCACUCAUCCUAAACAAACAUGAACUCUAUGAUAAUUGUUUCUGCAAUUUUUCUGGCACUCUUUGCCAUCAUCUUCACCUCAUAUAAUCCACAAAAUUUCUUUUCACCGGUUCCCAUUCCUGGAUCGAAGAAUAGUCUCCAUGCUGCUAAGUUACUCGAUCUCACCGGAGCCGUCGGGCCGGAGAGUCUUGUUUUUGAUAGUAAUGGUGAUGGGCCGUACACCGGCGUGGCGGAUGGUCGGAUUUUAAAAUGGGAAGGAGAGGAACGUGGUUGGACUGAAUUUGCUGUCACCAGCUCCAAUAGGUCGGACUGUGUGCGUCCAUUCGCACCAGAGUUGGAGCAUGUUUGUGGGAGGCCACUAGGACUAAAGUUUGAUAAGAAAAAUGGAGAUUUGUAUAUGGCUGAUGCCUACCUUGGCCUCAACGUCGUAGGACCUGCAGGGGGUUUGGCCACUCAGGUAGCAACAGAAGCUGAAGGCCUGCCCUUUCACUUCACCAAUGACUUGGAUAUCAGUGAAGAUGAAGAUGUGAUUUACUUUACUGAUUCAAGCUCAGUUUAUCAGAGAAGGCAACAUAUGCUUGUAACUCUUAGUGGAGACAAGACUGGACGGUUAAUGAAAUACGAUAAGUCGAGUAAAGAAGUAAAGGUCUUAUUAAGUGGCCUUUUUUUUCCCAAUGGUGUUGCUUUAAGCAAAGAUGGUUCAUUUCUUCUGGUAGCCGAAACCUCGAUUAGCAGGAUUCUGAGGCUUUGGCUUAAUGGACCUAAUGUUGGCCAAAUCGAUACUUUUGCUGUUCUUCCAGGUUUUCCCGACAAUAUAAGGAGAAAUUCAGAAGGGCACUUUUGGGUUGCUUUGCAUUCCAAAAAAACUCCUUUUACGAAGUGGAUAUCUUCUAAUCUAUGGGCUCGUAAAGCAUUGUUAAAGCUUAGAAACUUCAAGCGGUUGCAAGCGUUGUUGGCGACAAAGCCUCAUGCUGCAGCUAUAAAGCUGAGUGAUGAAGGGGAAAUAAUAGAAAGUCUGGAAGAUCGUGAAGGGAAGACCUUGAAGUUCAUCAGUGAAGUGGAAGAGAAAGAUGGAAAACUUUGGAUGGCCUCUGUCUUAAUGCCUUAUAUUGGUGUUUAUAGUUUAUGAGAAUGCAAUAUGUUAAUUAUAUUAGUAUUGAUAUUGCUGUUUCUAGCACUCAUCUUUGAAUUAUCUUUAGACUUAUUUGGAUUAACUUUUAACUUAGGAGAGUUAAUUAAGUUUCUAAUCCUGUCUUGCGAAAAAUUGCUAAUAAAGAUUGUUGAUGUUUGUUUAUGGAUUUAAA